AUGGUUGUGCAUCCCCCUGUGGCAGGCCGCAUAGGAGUCCUCCUCUCUGAGUUGCUGUCUUCGUUGGGCCUCAGGGAUCUGCAGGGAGGGAAGCUCACUCUCAGCUCAGUCCUGGAGAUAACGAGCAACACACUGUCUGAUACACCAACACAAGGUCUACAGCAACUGCCAUGGAGUUUCUUAAAUAAACUGAUUGUGUCCAAUCUAGAUGCAAGAAAUUUACAAUGUGCAAAUGACCAAACAAUGUGUAGUUCUGCUUUUACUGAUGAUAAUGGUGACUCUGAUGCUAUGAAUCCUCUAGAUUUGAUCACUGCCCUUUUCCACUGUGCAGAUCCUUUCCUCCAGCAGGAAAUGGUCUCCAAAAUGUCCUUGUGCCAGUUUGCUGUUCCUUUGCUGCUGCCAAACUGUGACACACAGCAGAGCACUCUGAUGCUGUGGGCCAUGAGAGAUCUAGUUAAAAUCUACAAACCUCAUUCUUCAUCAGGUGAAGGGGCAUUAGUAGAAGGCAGGAUUGUGGAGAUGAAAAUCCCCCUUGUGUCUUUCGUUAGGGUAGGGGAGAGCAGUUUGUCUAAAUCUCAAAUGCUGGAUGAGUUGCUCAGUAGUCCCUCUCAACCCAAUAAACCGUUCAUCCAUCAUAACAUGCCAUGUGGUGAUGUGCCCAGGAGAAUCUCAGAUGGGCUGGUUGAAGUCAGCUGGUAUCUGCCUUGUGGAAUCAGAAACAUUGACAUAUUCACACAGCCUGUGGCUGUGGCCAACCUGAGAGGAGACAGCAGGUUGUUUGAAGCUCAGGUGUCCUUCCUGUGUCAGACCUCAGCUGCAGUUUUCAUCUUCAGUGAUGACCUGGAGGGUGACCUCAGUCUUUUCACCAACACAGAGAGAAAAGCAGAGCUGUUCCUGGUCACAAACUCUCAGAGGCAGGGCUAUGAUAUGGACAAACUCAGGGAGGCCUGCAGAAAAUACAAAAUUGAGGAGAAACAUGUCAUAGUCAGAAGAAAACAAAAUGAGUCUCAAUUUGUCAAAGCGUUGCGCUUCCAUGUGAGAGGUAUUGUCGAAGAAAAAGUACUGAAAACCAAUAUGUUUAAUUUGGCAGCUGUAGCUCGACAUAUUGGUAUUUUGGUGGAUGAGGACUGCAAUGACUGCCAGAGUACCCGACAAAAUGCUGAAGAAAUCAGUGAAAUGGUGAAGAAUGUUGUGAAAUUUAAGGAGGAGCAGCUGCCUUUGCAUGGAACCCUCUGGAAGGAAAUCAGCCAGUUAGAGAAAGAGAGAUGCAGAAUGAGAAACUCAACAAAAGCGGAAAGCAUAGAACAUUACAGGAGUUCACUGACAACGCAAGAGCAGGACCUCAGGAAAGAACAGCAACAGAAAGACAUAUCAGAAGCCAUGGCCUUAUUUAUUACUGCAAUCUCAGAACCAAAGACAGAACGUCUGUAUUUUCUUAAAUGGCUGAAGAUUCAACUAGACACCCUCACCAGAGAAAAUUUGUCCACACUGAGACAGCAGUACAUAGACUGUUGCAAUAAGAAUCCAGUAGACAAGAAGCAUAUGAAAACCUUAGAUGGGCAGAUCUCUAACUGCUCGCUAGGUCCUGAGCACUUUUUCAGAGAGCUUGGACAGGUUUAUGAGUGUGCUUGCUCCCUUCGACAAGAUGACCCAGCCAGACAACAAGUCCAGCACCUUCCUGGUCUCUGUGCUCAGAUGCUGCUGGAUGGGUUUCCAGUGGAGCUGGUGGAUGGAGAUGCUUCAAACAUCCCAAUGAAGUGGAUAUCAGCAGUGCUGACUGAGCUACAUCAACUGGUGGACAAGAAGAGCAGGAUCCUGGUGUUGACUGUGCUGGGGGUGCAGAGCACUGGGAAGUCCACCCUUCUCAACACCAUGUUUGGGGUGCAGUUUGCUGUCAGCAGUGGGCGAUGCACCAGAGGAGCCUUCAUGCUGCUGAUUAAGGUCUCUGAGGAACUCAGAUCUGAGCUCAACUGUGACUUCAUCAUGGUCAUUGACACAGAGGGACUAAAAUCACCUGAACUAGCAGCACUGGGCACAAGCUAUGAACAUGACAACGAACUAGCAACCCUGGUGAUAGGGCUCAGUGACAUCAGCAUUAUCAAUGUUGCCAUGGAGAACAAUACGGAGAUGAAGGAUGUUCUACAGAUUGUGGUCCAUGCCUUUCUGAGGAUGAAGGAGGUUGGGAAGAAGCCCAGAUGUCUGUUUGUGCAUCAGAAUGUGUCAGACAUGUCUGCUCAUGACAAAAACAUGAGAGAUCGGAAUAAGCUGGUGGAACAGCUCAAUGAGAUGACUCAGGCAGCAGCUAAGAUGGAGAAGAAAGAAGCCAACACAAAGUUCACUGAUGUGAUGAAAUAUGAUCCUGAAAAAGACAGCUACUAUAUCCCUGGGCUUUGGCAUGGAACUCCCCCAAUGGCCCCAGUGAAUACUGGCUACAGUGAAGCUGUGUACGAACUCAAAAAGAGUUUGAUUCGCCUUUUAAAAUCUGAUGAUGUGAGGAGCAGUGAUGCAACAGAGUUCUUACAGUGGACUCAGGAUUUGUGGAAUGCAGUGAAAUUUGAGAACUUCAUCUUCAACUUCAGGAACAGUCUGGCGGCUGAUGCCUACCUAGAUUUAUGUAAGCACUACAACACAUGGGAGUGGGCAUUCCAAUCAGAGAUGAACACCUGGCUUGUUGCCAAGACAUCAAUUAUAUCCAAUUUUGGAGUGACUGAGAAAAAUGUCCAAAUCAGUCAAUUACAGACUACACUCAGGGACAUGUUGCAUGAGGCCUCAGUCAAAUUAGACCAAGAACAGCAAAAAAUGCUAUGGAAUCUUGAGCAAUACUUCAAACAGAAGGAUGAGAAGGUUGUGUUAGUGGAGAAAUACAGACAGGAAUUUCAAAAUAGUGUCUGGUCCCUCAAGAAAGAGACGGAACAUUCACUCAAACUACAUUUGGAGCAGGCUGUUGAAAUCAGGAAAGAGAUGGAGAAGGUGAACGUAAUAAAGAACAAUCAGACAGUUGCCAUUGACAGAAAAGUCUUACAGCUGAUUGAAAUGUGUAGGACAGCAACACGUUUUUCUGAGGAUGACCUCAACAGAGAAUUUGACACCAUGUGGAGAGACAUCAUGUCAGAGCUGUCAGACGUCCAACUACAACUGACCGAUGUUGGUAAGAAUGCUAAACAUCUACUUAAAGACAAUUUACGGGGAAAGGGUGGAAGUGUCCGUGAAAUGCUCACAAAAGUUGACCUGAUGCAAUGUGGACAAGGGAGUUACAAUGUUAAUGAUAAGUGGUUUUCAGGCGUUGUUGAGGGUAUGAAGAAAUUGUGGAAUGUCCUAACAUCAGAUAGAGCAAACUUCAUUAAAGAAAGACAAAAGAUCUGUGACGACAUUAUCACUAAAUGUCACAAUGUUGUUAAACACAACAUUGACAACAUGGAGAGAAACAACUUGGAUUACAACGAUACAUACAUUAAAGAGCUUCUCAAAUCUAUUGAUGACCAAAUGAAAGAUCAGAAGAUUCCUGAUGAAUGUGAAGCGCAUGUUAAGUUUCAUAUCGUCGGUUUUGCUGCAAGGCAGUUCCAGAAAGCACACAAUGACUUCAUAGGUAGAAACAAUCCACAGCAAUGUCUUGAGAGGUCUAAAAACACAUAUUUGGAGAGCUUUUUAUCCCUGUUUAAUGAAAAAGAUCAGUGUUUGAAGAAAGCUAAACAAUUUAUUGACACAUGUGUGAGGCCAGCAGUUAAGUACAACAUCACAACCCGUCUUGGCCAGGCAAUAGCAGAUGAAAUGAAGACAGGAGAUGAGGGAGUGGUCUACAACACAAGGAGCAAUUUCCAGUUUGAGGUGUUAAAACAGCUGCUUGAGGAACAGUCAUUCACGAAAUACAUCACAUGCACAGGAUCAUAUGAGAGAUUUGUGAAGGACUGGAUAAAGCAACAUAUCAUCCAGAGAAUGUCUGCAACAGGCCACAUGCCGCAACUUGAGAAAAAGCUCCUCUCUGAAAUUGUGUUGAGAAUAAACGAUGCCAUCACAAUCUCUGCAACGAUCAAGGACAUAAAGGGAUUUGUCCAGCACUUCUACUCUACCAUUCUGGAUCAGGUGGUGAUUCCAAGAGAUGCCUUAGACACCUUCUUGUUUCUCAGCGAUACUGACAUGAAACAGUUUGUCUCCUACCUCAAAGAGUUCAUCAAGGAUAUGGAAAUUUCUUUAGCUCAGGAGUACAACAGCCUCAGUAAUGACUUCACUAAGAGAAUUGAGCAGAUGCAACCAACACCCCAUGAUCUGCUCUUCUCCAGUCUGUGUGGAUGUGGACACCAGUGUCCCUUCUGUAAGACACCCUGUGAAGCAGGAGGGCAGGGCCACACCACACACUUUGCCAAAAUGCACAGACCUGAAGGUCUUGGAACAUACAGGUGGAUGCAUACACAGAAGUUGAACACUGACAUAUGCACAACUGCAGUAAUCAGUAGUGGAACAUUCCAGUGUGCAGAAACAAAAGAAAACUACCAUCCCUAUAAGGAGUACAGAACAAUCUUCCCAAAGUGGGACAUAGCAGGAGAUGCCAGUGUUGAGGCCUCAGACUACUGGACAUAUGUGAUGAAGGAGUUUAACAAAAAUCUGGCUGAAGCUCAUAAUGCAGAACCUGCAGACAUCCCAGUUGGCUGGAAGACGCUUACACACCAGGAUGCUCUGACAGGCCUGAAGAAGGCAUUUAACAUGAAAUAG